AUGGAGGCGAAGUCUCACCUGUUACUGCUCCUAGUGUACGUCGCUGCAGCGAUGCCAGCUCCAGCGCCCAAAAACGAUAACCGGAGGGGCAGGUCUAAGGCAAACAAAAGCGACGUUGACUUUGUAGUCGUGCUGCUUCCCACCAACCCAAUGGAAGGAAAGAUUGAUGUCGCCGAGCUGCUGAAGAAAGCGACAGAUACCAUGCACCUGAUGCGACAAUCACAGCAACAGAAACCUCAGAAGUCGCAACCACAGCGACAGAAAUUUGACCAGCAACCUAUAAAGCAGACGCAGCAAUUUGAGAUACAGGCACUGGAGACAGAGCUACCUGAGAUAGAUCCAAAGGAUCUUGAGGAGGGACAGAAACUUGUGGAAAUGUUUGAACAAUCAGGGGCUCAGCGACAAAAACAUAAAGAGGUCAAGAAACCUGAAGCGGACAACGAAGAGGACAAGAAACUUCAGAUGCGACUAUCACAGGAACAGAAAAAUGACCAGAUACUCAGAGAGCAAUCACAGCGAGAGCAACAUAAACAUGACCAGGUGCCAUUAAUUGAGCCAGAGUCACCUGAGACAGAGACACUUGAGAUAGAGCCGCAGGAUAAUGCAGAGGGAAAGAAAGUUAUGGAGCUGUUUGAACAAUCCCUGGCACAGCGACAGAAGCAGAAACGGCUCAAGAAACUUAAAGAGGAGCAACCAGUGUUGACCAGGGGGUAUUUUACAGAAGUCGUGCCAGAUUCGCCAGAACUGCCGGGUGCAUUGGAUACAGAUGAAUCACAAGAGGCAGAGAUGAAGUCGGGUGAGUUGCUGGAGGAAGUGAUGAAGAUGGCAGAAGAGUCGCCCCAGACAGCGAUGCAGGUGGCAAAAGAGUCGCCCCAGACAGCGAUGCAGGUGGCAGAAGAGUCGCCCCAGACAGCGAUGCAGGUGGCAGAGGAGUCGCCCCAGAUAAUGGUGCAGAUUGCAGAGGAGUCGCCCCAGGCAACGACUCAAUUACCAGAGGAGUCGCCCCUGACGUCCAUGGCGCCCUCCAUAAAAAAGUUGAAAGAAGAGGAUUGGCCAGAGGAGCUCUUCCCCUGUCCACCGGGGGAGCAGAGGGACGCCGACGGUAAUUGCAACGAGAUCAGGUGA